AUGCCUCACUGGUUGUCUUUGCCACCAGAGAUACGCCUCGCUAUUCUUUCUCAACUAUCACGACUCAAGAAAACAGGAAUUUAUGCCUCUGUCUCCACAGAAUGGCAGUACUUCUUGGAAAAGAAGAAUUUCAGCCACCUCAAGCUUCACCCAACUUGCCUUGAGUUUCUCGAUCAGAUAUCCGAACAAAGAACGGCGCAGAUUGACCAUAUUUGGCUCAACAUAGAGCUCACAAGAUACACUUGUAGAGCUUGCCGAAAGUGGGAGUCUCUAACACAGUCCUAUGCGAACAACCAUAUCAUAGUGGCAGCGGUAUCCAGAUUGUUCUCGAUCCUCGCUAAUUGGAACCACGAAGGACGACAUCUGACAUUGGAGCUGAACACCUAUUCCCCAAGCGACUCGGUGCAUUGGUUCAAAGACUGUUAUUUCGGUGCUCCUUCUGAAGAUAAGUUCGAGGUUCCCGCCAAGCCGAGAGACUUUCAUGAUCCGGGUCACGGAUGGUGGCAUGGCCGUAUCAUCGAGUACCCCCCAGACAAGGCACUAAGCCGACCCUUUGUACCAUCCGAAAGCCUAAAUUUCGAGAGGCAGGAAGAACUUCCUUUUGUCGCGGCGGUCACAAAAUUCGUGCUUAGACGACAAUGCCGUCGUCAACUAAAGCCAUCGGCUCUAUCGCAGCUUUGGUCGAAACUUCCUCGAUUAAACGAAAUCCGAUACGAGCCGUGGCAGUUGUCUGAAGGUGCCGGGCAGUCCUGGUGGGAUUGUUUCUAUGAACAAAUGAUCAAUAACCUUCCCAAAGGGGUCAAUAAGGUCACCAUAUUCGAGGACUUCAACGAAAAUUACCUUGAAUUAUUUCAACUUGGUCGAGGGCCCGAUCCGGAUCAUAACCCAGAACGGGUUCGGCUGCCAAGCUUUGGUGUAGGGGUUGCAUUCGCUAGGAGAAGCCUAGAGCUAGAAAACCUUUCGAUCGCAUUCCUUAUCGAUGCUCGUGAUUUCUUUGAUGCGUUUGACCAGCGGUGGCGAUGGGACAGGUUAAAGUCUCUCACUUUGACCUCGCGGGCAAUGUGUAAAGACGAGCCCGGCGAGACCAACUACCUCUUGACGACAGCAGCACACGUUGCACAGAGGAUGCCCAACCUCGAGACGAUGACGCUGUGGAACGGGUCGAGAGGUGAGGCUUGUUCCUUCACCUACCGUUGCCUUCGCCACUCUCGCCGUCGACGAGACAGAUAUGCCUCAAUCACCUGGCGAGGGACAUGGGAGUUGGAGUUGAGUCCGGCACUGGAAGCGGCUUGGGGUGGAGCGAAUAUAAAAAUUGAGCAAUAUCUGUUGACAGAUGAGAUUCGCUCUCAUGGAGAUGCUAUCGAAUGCCUAGGGUUGCGUCAUGUGGUCGACGAUAUCUCCUUACAACAGAUAAUCGCAGAGAAUAAGUUUUCAAUAGAUGAUGCACUCUGA